AUGCCCCGAACUGUGGUCAAAGAUGGCCUUUGUCGCCUGUCUGUCUACUUGGAAGAACUGGAGGCUGUGGAGCUGAAGAAGUUCAAGUUACACCUGGGGACAGCGACAGACAUGGGGGAAGACGGGAUUCCCUGGGGACGAAUGGAGACAGCUGGUCCCUUGGAAAUGGCUCAGCUGCUGGUGGCCCAUUAUGGGAUAGGAGAGGCCUGGGUGCUGGCACUGAGCAUCUUUGAUCGGAUCAACAGGAAGGACUUGUGGGAGAGAGGACAGAGAGAGGACCUGGUGAUGGAUACUUCACCUGGUGGACUAUCCUCGCUGGGGAGCCAGUCAGCAUGUUCUCUGAAAAUCUUUACUGGAACUCCAAGAAAAGAUCCGCGGGAAACCUACAGAGACUACGUCCGCAGGAAGUUUCGGCUGAUGGAGGACCGCAACGCGCGCCUGGGGGAAUGCGUCAACCUCAGCCACCGCUACACCCGGCUCCUCCUGGUGAAGGAGCACUCAAAUCCCAUGUGGGCCCAGCAGAAGCUUUUGGACACAGGCUGGGGACACGCGCGAACCAUAGGACACCAGACCAGCCUUAUCCAGAUGGAGACCCUGUUUGAGCCAGACGAGGAGCGCCCGGAGCCUCCGCGCACAGUGGUCCUGCAGGGGGCGGCGGGGAUGGGCAAAUCCAUGCUGGCCCACAAGGUGAUGCUAGACUGGGCCGACGGGAGGCUCUUUCGGGACAGAUUCGACUACGUCUUCUACAUCCACUGCAGGGAGAUGAACCAGAGCGCGUCAGAUCAGAGCGUGCAAGACCUCCUCUCCAGCUGCUGGCCUGAACCCAGCGCGCCCCUUUGGGAGCUCGUCCAAGUUCCCGAGCGCCUCCUUUUCAUCAUCGAUGGCUUUGACGAGCUCAGGCCCUCCUUCCACGAUUCUCAGGGACCCUGCUGCCUCUGCUGGGAGGAGAAACAGCCCACAGAGCUCCUCCUUAGCAGCCUAAUUCGGAAGAAGCUGCUGCCAGAGCUGUCUUUGCUUAUCACUACCAGGCCAGCGGCCUUGGAGAAGCUGCACCGCCUGCUGGAGCAUCCCAGGCACGUCGAGGUCCUGGGCUUCUCUGAAGCCGAAAGGAAAGAGUACUUUUACAAGUAUUUCCACAACACGGAGCAGGCGGGCCAAGUCUUCAACUUCGUGAGGGACAAUGAGCCCCUUUUCACUCUGUGUUUUGUCCCUUUGGUGUGCUGGGUGGUCUGCACCUGCCUCAAGCAGCAGCUGGAGGGUGGGGGACUUUUAAGACAGACGUCCAGGACCACAACAGCAGUGUAUAUGCUCUAUCUUCUGAGUCUGAUGCAGCCCAAGCCAGGGUCUCCAACCCUCCAGCCCCCGCCCAACCAGAGAGGGCUAUGCUCCUUGGCAGCAGAUGGUCUCUGGAACCAGAAAAUCUUAUUUGAGGAGCAGGACCUCCGGAAGCAUGGCCUGGAUGGGGUCGAUGUCUCUUCAUUCCUAAACAUGAACAUCUUCCAGAAGGACAUCAACUGUGAGAAGUUCUACAGCUUCAUACACCUGAGUUUCCAGGAAUUCUUUGCGGCCAUGUACUACAUCAUGGAUGGUGGGGAGAGUGGGGCCAGCCCACACCAGAACCUGAGGAGGCUGUUGGCUGAGUAUGCGUUUUCUGAAAGGAGCUUCUUGGCACUCACUGUCCGUUUCCUGUUCGGGCUUCUCAAUGAGGAGACGAGAAGCUACCUGGAGAAGUGUCUUUGCUGGAAAGUCUCGCCUCACAUCAAGGUGGAGCUGUUGCAGUACAUCCAAAGCAAAGCUCAGAGUGAGGGCUCCACCCUGCAGCGGGGCUCCUUAGAGUUUCUCAGCUGUCUAUACGAGCUUCAGGAGAAAGAGUUCAUCCAGCAGGCCCUAGGCCACUUCCAAGUGGUUGUGGUCAGCAGCAUCACCACAAAGAUGGAACACAUGGUCUCCUCCUUUUGCAUGAAGAACUGCAGGAGCAUCCUGGUGCUGCAUUUGUAUGGGGCUGCCUACAGUGCGGACGAGGAAGACGGGGCAAGGUGGACUUCAGGGCCCCGGACUGUCGUUCCUUCAUGCAGACCUGAGAGGAAUAUUUUGCCAGAUGCCUACAGUGAGCAACUUGCCGCCGCCCUGAGCACCAACCCGAAUCUGAUGGAGCUGGCUUUGUACCGCAAUGCCCUGGGGAACCGGGGCGUGAAGCUGCUGUGUCAAGGGCUCCAACACCCCAACUGCAAACUUCAGAAUCUGAGGCUGAAGAGGUGCUUGGUCUCCAGCUCUGCCUGUCAAGACCUCACAGCUGCGUUGAUGACCAAUAAGAACUUAAUGAGGAUGGACCUAAGCAGCAAUGACCUCGGGCUACCAGGCCUGAAGUUACUCUGUGAGGGGCUCCAGCACCCCAAGUGCAGGCUGCAGAUGAUCCAGUUGAGGAAGUGUCACCUGGAGGCCCGAGCUUGCCAGGAGAUGGCCUCAGUGCUAAGCACCAGCCGACACCUGGUGGAGCUGGACCUAACAGGAAAUGCACUGGAAGACUUGGGUCUGAAGCUGUUGUGUCAAGGCCUGAGAAACCCAGUCUGUAGGCUGCAGAUCUUGUGGUUGAAGAUUUGCCACCUCACUGCUGCCUCCUGUGAAGACCUGGCCUCUACCCUGAGUGUGAACCAGAGCCUGAUGGAACUAGACCUAAGCCUGAAUGACCUGGGGGAUCCUGGGGUGCUGCUGCUGUGUGAGGGUCUCAGGCAUCCCCAGUGCAAACUCCAGACCCUCCGGUUGGGCAUUUGCCGGCUCAGCUCUGCAGCGUGUGAGGGUCUGUCCACCGUGCUCCAACUCAACCGUCACCUCCGGGAACUGGACCUGAGUUUCAAUGACCUGGGUGACAGGGGCAUGUGGCUGCUGUGCGAGGGGCUAAGGCACCCCACAUGCAGACUCCAGAAACUGUGGCUGGACAGUUGUGGCCUCACAGCCAAAGCCUCUGAAGAUCUUUCUUCCAUCCUGGGGGUCAACCAGACCCUGAUAGAGCUUUAUCUGACCAAUAACUCCCUGGGCAACACCGGUGUCAGGCUGCUGUGCAAGCGGCUGAGUCACCCUGGCUGCAAACUUCGAGUCCUCUGGUUAUUUGGAAUGGACCUGAAUAAAAUGACCCAUAGAAGACUGGCAGCACUCCGGGUAACAAAACCUUACUUGGACAUUGGCUGCUGA